ACUUCCUCGGAUGCCCUAGGAGCUCUCCGAUAGCAACUUCCACUCCAUCGUCUCUCUCUGCAAAACGACCGAAAACAACAUUGACGAAAGAAAAAUCCGGCCGCUCUCAUCUACGUUUGAAUCUGCCGCAGCUUCUUAGAUCAAAAUCUCUAUCUCAUUGCUCUGUAAAUUUUUUCUAUUGCUGCAAUUUCUGCCAUUUCUUGACCUAGAUCUGUACAAAAUUUCUUCUAUUUUGUUGUUUCUUUCGUUACAUUUUCGUUUUCAGAUUUGCCCUAUAUCCAACCCCCGGGAUUACGAGAACUGGUGGAUUUUUGGUCAUGUAUAAAUUGUAGGCUUCAUUAGUGAACUUGAGCGAAACCCUUUUGUAGCCGAUUAUUUUUCCUUUCGAUCUUGGUAGUUUUCUUUAGAUUUCUUCUUUUUUUUUGUCGUCAUUCAAUCAUUCGAUCGGAAACCCUAGCUCCCGCUUUUUUUUUUGAACGUCGUUAGGGUAUCGAGUCUCGAUCAGUGUGACUAGUGAUGAACAACAGGGGAAGGUAUCCACCUGGGAUCGGCGCUGGACGGGGCGGAGGCGUGAAUGCGAACCCUUCGUUUCAGUCAAGGCCACACCAGCAGCAAUACGUACAAAGAAAUUUGGUGCCCAAUCAGCAGUAUCAACAACAGCACCAUCAGAACCAACACCAACACCAACAGCUUCAACAACACCAACAGUGGCUGAAAAGGAACCAGUUAGGUGGCGGUCCUGCCGAUUCCAACGUUGACGAGGUUGAGAAGACCGUGCAGUCGGAGGCUGUUGACUCGAGUUCACAAGAUUGGAAGGCAAGGCUAAAGAUUCCACCACCCGAUACACGCUAUAAAACAGAGGAUGUGACGGCUACCAAGGGAAAUGAAUUCGAGGACUAUUUUUUAAAACGUGAAUUACUCAUGGGAAUUUAUGAGAAAGGCUUUGAAAGACCAUCUCCUAUUCAAGAAGAAAGUAUUCCAAUUGCUUUAACUGGUAGUGAUAUUCUUGCUAGAGCAAAGAAUGGAACUGGAAAGACAGCUGCAUUUUGCAUUCCCGCCUUGGAAAAGAUUGAUCAGGAUAACAAUGUGAUCCAAGUUGUUAUCCUUGUUCCCACUCGAGAGUUGGCUCUUCAAACUUCACAAGUUUGUAAGGAACUCGGGAAAAAUUUGAAUAUUCAAGUUAUGGUUACGACAGGUGGUACCAGUUUAAAGGAUGAUAUUAUGCGAUUAUAUCAACCAGUUCAUUUAUUAGUUGGAACUCCUGGAAGAAUAUUAGAUCUUGCUAAAAAGGGUGUUUGUGUACUGAAAGACUGUUCUAUGCUUAUUAUGGAUGAGGCUGACAAGCUCUUGUCUCCAGAGUUCCAACCUUCAAUAGAGCAUCUGAUCCGCUUUUUGCCUGCAAAUCGGCAGAUUCUUAUGUAUUCCGCUACCUUUCCUGUAACUGUGAAGGACUUCAAAGAUAGAUAUCUUCACAAGCCCUAUAUUAUAAACUUAAUGGACGAGCUCACCCUAAAGGGUAUCACCCAAUUCUAUGCAUUUGUUGAAGAGAGACAAAAAGUUCACUGCCUUAAUACUCUUUUCUCCAAGCUGCAAAUUAACCAAUCGAUUAUCUUCUGCAAUUCGGUAAAUCGAGUCGAGUUGUUAGCCAAGAAAAUAACAGAACUUGGUUAUUCUUGUUUCUAUAUUCAUGCGAAGAUGCUGCAAGAUCAUCGUAACAGAGUAUUUCAUGACUUCCGAAAUGGUGCAUGUAGAAAUCUUGUUUGUACUGAUUUAUUUACAAGAGGAAUAGACAUUCAAGCAGUAAACGUUGUUAUUAACUUCGAUUUCCCCAAGAAUUCAGAGACAUAUCUACACAGGGUUGGACGUUCUGGAAGGUUUGGACACCUUGGGUUGGCUGUGAAUUUAAUCACCUAUGAGGAUCGUUUCAAUCUGUACAGGAUUGAGCAAGAACUUGGAACAGAAAUAAAACAAAUACCACCCCAUAUUGACCAGGCAAUCUACUGCCGGUAAUUUGUGGGGGGCACUGGAUCUUAGGGUAAACAAUUGGCAGGCAAUGCAGCUCCUUGGAAGAUCGGUAUCUGGCUACGAUGGAGGCUUGUUUUCUGAGUCAAUAUGAUGGAAGAAGACUCAGGUUGUGCAGAGUGUUGGCUUGGAAUUCUAUUAGUUAGAAAGCUAUAGGCCUGAAGACAUUAGCAGGAGAUAGGAUAGAAUGUAGACUGGUUCAUCUAUAAAAUCCCAGACGGAUGAAUUCUGGGUCCCCAGUUAUUUGCCUUAUUUUUAUUAACUGACCGACCUAUGUUUGUUUCUGUUCUGUUUGUUUUUUCUCCUCGUUUGCUCUCUUCCAACUUUCCGAAUGUAUUGUAAUCUCUCUCUCUCUCUCCCAUCAGCUCUCCCUCGUCUUUUUAUGCAUACUUUUAUAGACUCCAGUUUCCAAUCCUAAAUUUAGAACCUUCUCUCCCAAACCCCUCUGUUGUUUCGAUUACUUGAA